UUUUGAUACUAUUUUGGAUGAGCAGGGCCGUCGAAAGUGAUCAUCGGCUCUCUAUAUCUUCUAACGGAUUUUAUUAUACAAAGUCCGAUUCAGACCUCCUCCAUCUGAUCCUAAUACUCAGCCCCAUGGAUGAGUAAUAACAUCAAAAAUACCAUGGAAUAGUAGCAUAAAAAAAUUUCUACAGACAAAUAAAGUAAAUACAGUAUUGUUAAUAGGAAGACUGUUUUCUAAUUAGAAAUAGCUGCAAACUUUGGAUUUAUACUCGCGAUAUUAUUACAAGAUACCCUUUUGUACCACCGAAUAAUGAAUUUAAAAACGUGAGAUUUCACACUAGCAAGCGAUCCUAAGCUGUAGGAUGUCACUUUUAUGUGUAAAUCCGGCUCUAUCCAGAGAUUGUUUAGCUGUAUGAUAUCUAGCUUAUGUGUAAAUCCUAAUCCUGCUGAGUAAAUCAUAUCUAGGAAAUGAAAAUUCGUGAUUGCAAUGGUUUAAGGAGUUAAUAUCAGUUUCUCAUCAUAAAUUAACAAUCUAGGAAUCAUCAGAACAGUAGAUAGGUGUUAGAAUUUGUCUUAAACAGUUCUAUCUUCUACCGAUUACCAUAAACAAUACAGUAAAUAUUAAAUAGCUGUUAUCCAAUGGAAUGUUAGAAUAGAUUUUAAAACUCAGCAUUUUAUUCCUAUUGGUUUCAUUUUUUUUAAGUGUGCAAAUAUGAAGCUCAACUGUUUUCAAAUAAAAAUAAUAUUGUGUUUUCGAAUUCGUCGUAUCCUCAUCAGGACAGCAAUUUUCUCAUUGUCUGGGUGUCAAGUGUACCCAUGUACUGUCCAGACCGUGGGUGGCAAAGUAUAAUUAGUCCGUUCGCUUACCCAACCAAUGGAAUGACUGAUUGAAUUAAAUGCAAUAAUUUGUUCGUGUUGACGACAAUUUAAACGAGCUUAACUCUCAGAUGAAGAUUAGUACAUCCUGUCUCUCUUUGUUGCUGCUCUGCGCGAUUUAAGAGGAAUAGUGCCAUUCUUUCCUAAGUACUAGCGCCGUAGGAGAUCUUUAAAACACUCCUGCAGCCUUGGUGCUUACCAUAGAAUGUCACGUGACUGGCUUCCCGUGUUAUCGGAGGAUCGCCGCCCGAUAAUGAAACAACAGAGCAUAGAUUUAAAAAAAAUUAAUAAUAAUAAAUGCCAAGAAUUUAAUCAAAAUAUUCGAAACUUCAGAAAAAAAAAAGAACAAAAAUGUCUGAAGAAGAGAACGUAGAAACAGUUCUGCACCAAGCUUUAUUGUUAUUGCUAGAUAAUAAACCUAAAGAUCCCAUAUCAUUCCUGGCUAAUCACUUUCAAAGAGAAUGUGAGAAGAGCAAUCGUGUCUCUCAAGCUGCUCAAUUUUUAGAAAAUUCUAACUCCAAUCAUCCUUCAAUAGAAGAGAAGCUGUGUAGAGCCUAUCAUACUAUAAGCCAAUAUAAAAUACAGCAAGAACUUAGAGGAUUAACUGGAGAUAUCUAUACAGAUCUCUUGGUACAGCUUCUUACUGGAUUACCGGAACGGCAGACUGAAGUUAUACUACAAAAAUUACAAUGUUCGUAUACCGAAUAUGUGCCUUUUGGUAUUUUUCAUACCGGCGUUCUUUUCUGUUUACAACUGAAGGAAUAUGUUCAAAUUGCGAGAUCCCUGUUUCAAGAUCUAGAUGAGAAACACUGCGGACAAGUUAGUCGUACUCUUUGUAAAACUGUUCUGGAUGAGAUUAAUCAAGCACUUAAAAUCACUAAUGAAAAUCCUAAAAAAGUGUUUGAAAUUGCUCAGAAAUUAUCUACUAAUCAUCUUGCAGAUAAAUUGAUAUGUGCUGUUGUAAGUAUUGAUGAAGAUGAUGAUGAUAUGAUGAAACAAGAUGAAUUUUUAAAUGAAGCAGUUAAUGUCUUCUUGCAGAUGAUACCAAAAGUGAAAUGAAAUUUAGUUUUUUUUUUAAAGUUUAUUUUGGAUUUUUAAUCCUGUGUUAGUCAUUUGACUUAGUAUUAAUUUUACUAUAAAAUUUUAUUUAUUUAUAAUUUUAAUUGUAAAAUUUCAAAAUUAUUUGUAAAUAUAUUUAUUAAAUAUAUUGUUUAAUUGUUAAGCAUUUUAAAUUAUUUCAUUUUUAGGGGGAAAAAUUACAAUAUAUCUCAUAAGGGAAUUUAAUUGUUAACCGGUUAAUAACAUUACAUUAAUGUUAUUAACUGUUACAUGCAUUAGUAAAAGUUAAUUAAGUAAAGAAUUAAUUAGGUGUAAGAAACUUACAUGCUUGUAUAGAUACAUGAAUUAUUUCUUUAUUUUAACAAGAAAUUUCUAUAUUGGUAUUAUUUUACAUUUCUAUAGUCCAUCCCUUAUUUAACUACUAUAUACUUUGUGUUGUCUUAGUGCCCUAAAAGUUGGGUCUCAAGCCCUAUUAGAUCUUAUCUGCCACUGAUUUUCAGUGACAAAUAAGCAGAAAAAAGUUUAGUGAUAACAUGUAAUAACUUGGCAAUCAAUCAAUCCAUAUUUAAGGAAUCCUUUGAUAAUGAUCAAUAUAAGUAGACAUCGAUAAAUUAUUUCAAGAUGGGCAAGAUUUUAAAGUGCCGUCCUUGUGUCAUCCAUACUCACAUCUAAUUGUUAUUUUAUCACUGUUGAGAAAUCGUUGAAUGAUAAUGGCAGCUAACCUUAUACUCACUAUAAGCUUUGAUACUAGAGCAACUAAUUUCAAGACUUUUGAUGUUAUCUUUCUUUCAACAAUGCUGAAAGAAACUAGGGGAGAGGAAUCACUUUCUUUUCCCUAGUUAUGCAUAGAAAUUAUUAUAUAGUUAACCUACAUGUAUAUAUUAACAACUGUAAUUGUAUCAUUUCAAAGUUUUGUUAUGUUACCUUGUCUUAUUUAUGUGUUAAUCCUUAUUAAUCUUUUAAUUUAUAAAUUUGAAUUAUCCACAAAAUAUUCUAAUUUGAAAUCAUUUUUCUAUAAUUUGAA